GUUCUGCAUCGAGACUGUGGCAUGCACAUUGGUACUGCGGAAGCAGUAAGCUGGCUCCUGAUUGGAAGAUGUCAAGCCACAAUCGGUGACGCUGGUUAGGAAACAUGGCGGCGACGAGUGCUCUGUUCUCCGAUCUCCGGGAAAUUAAGAAGCAGCUGCUGAGCGUGAGCUGGUUGUGCCGGGAGCGGGGCCUCCUACACAGCGUGAAAUGGGCGUCCGAACUUGCAUUCUCAUUGGAAUCCAUUCCUUUAAAUGAGCUACCACCGACGCCUGCACUUACUGAGGAAGAUGCCCAGGAUCUGGAUGCUUAUACAUUGGCCAAGUCUUAUUUUGACUUAAAAGAGUAUGAUAGAGCUGCUUAUUUCCUUCGAGGGUGCAAGAGUCAGAAAGCUUACUUCCUGUACAUGUAUUCAAGGUAUUUGUCUGGAGAGAAGAAAAAAGAUGAUGAAACUGUAGAUAGUUUGGGUCCUCUGGAGAAAGGCCAGGUGAAGAAUGAGGCUCUUCGUGAACUUCGAGUAGAGCUUAGUAAGAAGCACAAAGCCAGGGAACUGGAUGGAUUUGGACUUUAUCUAUAUGGGGUCGUUUUGCGGAAACUGGACCUGGUCAAAGAAGCUUUGGAUGUGUUUGUGGAAGCGACACACGUCUUGCCAUUGCACUGGGGAACAUGGCUAGAGCUUUGCAACCUAAUUACAGACAAAGAAAUGCUGAAGUUUCUUUCUCUGCCCGAUUGUUGGAUAAAGGAGUUUUUCCUGGCACACAUAUACACCGAGCAGCAGCUGAUUGAGGAGGCCCUACAAAAAUAUCAAAGCCUUAUUGAUGCUGGCUUCUCUAAGAGCACUUAUAUUAUUUCCCAGAUCGCUGUUGCAUACCAUAACAUUAGAGGUAAGGCCAGAUUUUGGCAGAUGUAACGGUUAAAAUAAUGUUUACGUUC